CACUUUUUUUUUUCUUCACCAGUCUCUCUCUCUUCCUCGUUUUUUGUUUGGUGAGAAAACGAUGGCCGAUGGAUUUGGAUAUGGAGGUUCCUCUGGAGUACCGUACCCGUUUUGGCUCUCUUCUUCCCCGUCUCCACAUCCUCCUCCAGCUUCUACGCCGCCGUUUCUGACAAGAACUCCGGUUAAUGAUACCUAUGAUCCAACCCCACAAUUGUUUGAUCCGAUGAUUUAUCAUGGCUCUUAUCAACGAUCGCCUGCUGAUUGGUCGAAUAGCCCAACGUAUCGUGAAAAUUCUCGCUCUCAGACUCCUUCGUCAUCGUUUUACGCUGACACUAGUACUCGACCUGGAAAUUAUGGUACCAGGGUUGAAGAUUCUUCUUAUAAAGACAUGUUAUCAGCGAGUGGAUUUUACUCUUCUAGGGAAUCAACAUCUGAUUUUGUGUCACAUCCCACUGAGAGGCAACGUUUGAACUUGUUGCCUAGCUAUAAUAACUCAGCUACGUUAGUUCCUGUGUCUUCUUAUGCAGAUAUGCUAAUCCGAAUUCCUCAUCAGGAGCCAUUCUUUACUCCUAUCACGUCUUCUGGUGUUUACGCUUCUAGUGAUGAGAACCGUCCUGGAUCUUACUUUCCUGGCUCAGAUAGAAGACCUGAAACUAUGAAUCUUGUCCCUGGUUUUCGUGUGGAGCCUAACGGGUUUGUUACAGAUUGUAAUUCGUCUUUGUCAAUGUCGAAUUUGAAAACACAAGCUGUCUUUGAUGGAAGUCAGACAGGUAUUCAUGUAGGAGAUGGGAGAUCGUUCCCGAGCAACAGUGAUGUUUGUAGUCAUGCGCCUGAGGAUAUCACAGGAGCUCAGUCCAGCUUGCGUGGUUCUUCGAUUGAACCGGUUAACUUUGAUGUUUUGCUUGGAUAUGGUGAAGCUACUGGUCAUGUUAAGCCUUUGCCCGAUAAUCUUGAUAUAGUUGGCUCGCAAGGUUUGGGAAGUCCGCGAUCUUCCCACACGAUACUAUCUAAUAUCAAUUCCUCGAUGUCACUGAUUAAGGAUAAAGUGGAAGGUAGUGGUGUCUCCUCUCUUUAUCAGAGGCCUUAUACUUUGGUUGCUGACGGUGAGAAUGGUGUUUCUGAGAGCUCCUUGAAGAAUGCAAUUGAAGAUUUAAAUUGUGACGAGUCUCGUUCUUGGAGCCACUUCGUGGUGUCUUCUGAGGGACCUUCAGCUCCCACGAUGUUUUCUAUGGGAAGUGAGUCACGUGGUGCAAUGAAAGCGGAUAGUGAGAAUGCUCAAUCAGCUGUCAACUAUAAACCCCCUUUCGAAUGUAGUACUAAUCAACCUAGUGAAGCUGUUCCAGCCGACCAAAAGUCUUGUAAGCUCCAGGAACAAACAUUUGAUAUAAUGAGUAGAGAUAAGAAGACCAGGUUGUUGACAGAUCUAGGUCUCGAUUUGAGUAGUAGAUCUAUUGCAGAUGAUGUCUCAACUGGCCGAUCACCUGAAAGGCACUUAUGCGAUCGAGAAGAUUUCCCAUCUCCGACGUCUUCUCCAAGAGUUUCUUCCGUGGUUAAUGCCAUGCAUAGUCUGUCAGAAGUGCUUGUUUAUGAAUGCUUUAACAAUGGAAGCUGGCUGAAGCUGGAGCAACUUGAGAACCUUGAGAAAGUAGUAGAUAAUCUCACUAAGUGCUUGAAGAAAAUUACUGAUAAUAAGCCAACCGCAGGGGAAGCGUCAUUUCCAAAUCAAGCUGCGCAUGUUACCUGUCCCAACGUGGUUGACAUUCCUGAGGCUGCAAAGGGAGUUGUUAAAGGCUUUCAAGGGUUUAGUUUCAAGCCACUAGACAGCCUAGGCGUCAAAGAACCGGUGGAUAAGAAUGAGAUGACCCAGAGUAUUAAGAACAUACUUGCUUCCAACUUUCCUGAUGGUGAAGAAAACCACCCACAAACUCUCUUGUACAAGAAUCUCUGGCUCGAAACUGAAGCUGCCUUAUGUUCCACAACUUGCAUGGCUCGGUAUCAUCGGAUCAAGAACGAGAUUGGUAAUCUUAAAUUUAACGAUAAAGAGAUCUCUGCAGAUGCAGGAACCUUUAUGCAGGAACCUUCUCUUAACCCCCAGAAAUCGGUUCCCAUCAUGAACGCUGCAAAUGCAGAGCAGGAGACAACUGAAUCGAUCAUCGAACAUGGAAGCAAUUGUGGGAAAAAUGUAGUAACAAUGAGUCAUGAUGCCCCACAAAGCUCUAGAUUCAACUCAGACCCUGUGGAUGCGGUAUUAUCGCUUAUCUCCAGAAGCUUUGCGGGUGGUUUAGAACACACCAUUCAUGGAAACAUAAGGCCUGAUGAUGCUGCAGCCUCUGGGAAGAUACCGGAUGCGAUACAGCAGACAUCGCCUGCAUCUACUACAGAGAACAAACAUAAUGAUGUUAUAGACCGAUUUCAGAUUCUGAAGCAGCAGGAAACAGAGCGCAAACUCAAGUCUCAGAAGUUCCCAGAUUCAGACAUUGAUGUUAUGGACCGGUUUCAGAUUCUUAACCAGCAGGAAACAAAUCGCAAACUCAAGACUCAAAACUCCCCAGAGACAAUAAUGGGUGACCAGGAGGAGAAUCCAGAAGCUCCGGAGAUGGCUAAUAUUGGCAGAAGCAGUCAUGUGGGUGACGUUAUGAAUAGAUUCCAGAUACUGAAACGCCGGGAAGCUGAACAAGUGCAGAAAUCUCUCAACAGCUUAGAUAUGGAUCCAGAUUCAGAGAGUGACCAGCAACGAGUGCGUGAUCGUCUCUGGUCAGCUUCGAUGUUAACAGUACCUGCAAAUUCUCAGAUAGAGACAUGCGGCGUUGAUACAGAACCAUCUACAUCCGGAAAAGGCUACGAGAGUCCGGCCUCGGACUGGGAACAUGUCCUCAAGGAUGAUUGAGUAGUGGAACUUCCUUGGAUAAGAAGUUUCGAUCCUUCAAUGAAUCUUGUUUGUAUAAAUAAAAAGGAUUUGUAGAAUAAUAACAUGAACGCCAUUAUGAAAACGUCUGUUGUGUAUGAUAAGGGAAGAAGAAACUGCGUGGUGUGGUAUUGAUAAUUUUAAAUGGAUAGUCUAGUUUUCAUUUUUUUGUUU